UCCCACCAUCUCACUCCACUCCCUCCAAAGGUUCCCGCGAUCCCGAGAUGGAGGCCAGCCAUGUCCACUCGCCCACGCUCUCGUCGUCCGAGACCAUAAUGGCGGCCCUCCUCUCAUCCACUCCGGCCGUGCAGUUCCCUUCGCUGGCGCGGGCGAUCGCCGCCGACGCGCGCCGGCAGCGCGGCCGCCUCGCGUUCCUCCUCCUCUCCCCGCCGCAUUUCGCCCGCGCGCUCGCGCGGCUCCGCUCUAUGCCUCUCCCAGCCAAGGCGGCGCUGCUCGGCCGCGUGCUCCUCCGCUCCCUCCUCCUGCUCCUCCCCGCGCUCUCCCCCGACGGCUCGCACCACCUCCUCAACCUCCCCACGCCCGACCUCGACGCCGCCCUGCUGCUCGUCGCCAUGUGCGACUCCUACUCCCCGGCCGCCUCCUCCACCUCGCCCGUGGACUGGCACGCGCUGCUCGUGGACGACGUGGUGCGCAACGCGCUCUCCAUCUCGGGCCUCGGCGCCACGCCCUGGGCCGCCGUCGCGCCCUACCUCGACACGGCCGCCAAGUGCCGCCGGUUCGCGGACGCCGUGUCGGAGGACCGCGACGUGGCUGGCGGCGGUAGCAAGGAUGUCGGGGGACGCGGAGGCGCGUCGCACGCGGCCGUGCUUGCGCUGCCCACCGCGGGCGGGGACGGGACGCCGUGCGCGAUCUGCAGGGAGGAGAUGGCGCCCGGGCGCGACGUCUGCGUGCUGCGGCCGUGCGGGCACCGUUUCCACUGGCCGUGCGCGCUGCGGUGGCUGGCGCGCCGCAACACCUGCCCGUGCUGCCGCGCCGAGCUGCCGGCGGAGGACGCGCUCGCCGAGACACGGCGCCUGUGGCGCGCCGUCGAGAGGAUGGCGGGAGACAGCGGCGGCUGUGCGUGACAGCGUCGGUUGGAUCAGGGCAUGGUGCACGGGACGUGCGUUUGGACGUGCUUGUGUGUCUCGGCCUCACUCAACUCGCAAGUACACUGGUGUCAGAUUCGUGGAUUGUGAUGGCUUCGAGGGCCUGCAUGUACUCCGAAUAAUGUUGUAGGAUUGCUGUUAGUAGUACAUAAUUAAACAAACACUGAAAUGGGAAUGUAUAUUCGUAAAAUUAAUAGAUCUUGCUCAUGAUGCA